AUGGCGCCUAGUGUGUCGCUUUCUUUCGCAAACAACUUCUGGGGCAAGGAAGACGCCGGCGUCGACCCUUUGCUUGAACGUAUGCACAACUCCAAGAUCACCAGUGAUGAACUCAAAUCAUUCUACACCCAACGAGCUGCCAUCGAAGAGGAGUACUCUCGUAAACUCUUGAACCUCGCUCGGAAACCACUGGGCUCCUCCGAGGCCGGCACCCUGCGCAUGUCCAUGGAUGUCGUCCGUGGAGAAUUGGAGGCAAUGGGCAAGUCUCACCAACACAUCGCACAACAGAUGAAGGGCGAGCUUGAAGAACCACUCUCAACUUUCUCUGGCGGAAUCAAGGAGCGCCGUAAAAUCAUCCAGAAUGGCAUCGAGAAAUUACUCAAGACCAAGACACAACAAACACACACCGUCAACAAGGCUCGCGACCGUUACGAACAAGACUGUCUGAAGAUCAAGGGCUAUCUCGCUCAAGGCCACAUGGUCAUGGGUCAGGAGGAACGCAAGAACAAGGCCAAGCUGGAGAAAACUCAGAUUCAGAUGUCGGCCACCAGCAGUGAGUACGAGCAAGCUGUCAAGGUGCUCGAAGAGACAACCGCCCGCUGGAACCGCGAAUGGAAGGCCGCCUGUGACAAGUUCCAGGACCUCGAGGAGGAACGCCUUGACUUCACAAAGAGUAGUCUAUGGAGCUUUGCCAACAUCUCUUCCACCGUCUGCGUCAGCGACGACGCCUCUUGUGAGAAGAUUCGCCUGUCUCUGGAGGAUUGCGAUGUGGAGAAGGAUAUUGCCUCUUUCAUCAAGGAAAGCGGCACAGGUCAGGAGAUCCCUGACCCACCCAAGUACAUCAACUUCUGUCGCGGCGACAUCAACGACAAUGCAUCUGAUGUUUCAGAUGAUGCCAACUACUCGGUCGCUCAAUUCCAGAGGACCAUGAACCCUGCUUUCCGUUCAUCUUCACCGCAACCUUCGACUUAUUCUUCCCACCAUGAUCCCGCUUCCUCUCUCGCUCAGGAGAUGGCGCUCGGCUCAUCGGUCAAUUCUGAAAGGUCUCAGAGAUCGCAGCAAUCUGCAGUAGUUGCUCAGCCACCACGCCGCUCUAGCCAACAAGCUAUACCAACUAAUGCUUACCAAGACUUCCCCAAGGUGCCUCACAAUGAGUAUCCCAUGGAUGGCAUGACUCAAUUCUGCAGGCUUGGUCCUCCAUCGGAUCGUAGUUCUAUUCCUAGUCCCACACGUCCAGAGGACGAUUCGCACAGUGAGGUCUCGAACGCAAACUCUUUCUCGAGCAUCGAGCCUCCCACUUCCCCCGUGAAGCUUAACGGCUCCACAGUAUCCACCAGCAGUCAACAGGAGGACAAGACGCUUCAAAAGAGACGAAGUGGCUUCUUCCAGAACCACAGCCCAUUCGGACGUCGCAAGAGUAAGCACGAGAACGCUGCUCCGGCCUCGAUCUCGAAUGCUCCAGCUUCACGUAACACUUGGGGUCCAGCUGCUAGGCCACAGACCGCAUCUUCCCCAGCUCGUCCCUUUGGACGUGAAGCCAAGAACGUUGGUUUUGGUAACGACCCUCUGCCUAGUCCUGACCCAGAACCUGUCGACCCUCGUGCCAACUUUCAGCUCAACAUUGGUAACAAUGUCUUCGAUGUCGCAACGCCUGAUGCUCGCAAGAGAUCAGCCGCUGCAGAGGAGCCUAGUGGAGAGCUUGAUCCCAUUGCUCAAGCUCUGGCCGAGUUGAAGGGCGUCACAAAGCAAGCCUCGACUCGUGUUUCGGCAGAUCGCUAUGCGGGUAUCCCUACUCCUGCCCCCGGCGCUGGCAGAGCCUCUCCAUCACCUCUGCUUGCAAACUCGGACGCCCGUGCUGCUCAACGAGGCACUCCACCACCAUCGUAUGACCAACCAAUGAGGCGACUUGGGGCACCACAGCCAGCAUUCACUAGUAAGCAGAUGCAGCAGACAACAGCCAGUUACAUGACUCAGAAGAGGGACAUGUUCAAUGCUCCUCCACGUAAUACACCUUCUCAGAUGGGCUCUCGUCCAGCAAGUAGAGGUGGAGAUCCGAAUGAGAUGAUGCGCUCGGCCUCUCCAGCACCUCUUCGCACUAGUUCACCAGCACCUCCACGUGCCACAAGUCCUCGUCCCAGCACAGGCUACGACCGUAGGUCUCAGCCAAUUCCUCAAGGGCAGGGGUACCGCUCCACUUCGCCGAACCCCUACGGUGGAGGUCCUCCUGGUAGCAUGCCAGCAGGAAGACCACGUGCACAAUCGACAAGCCCGAUAAAGCAGCAACGUCCUGGCUUCAAUCAGGCUUACGCAUCUCAUGGUAACUCUCCGGUGUCUGCUAUGCCACGAUCUACUAGCCCCAAUCCCCAAUUCCGCGGCUCGGCUGGACCGGGCAGCAGACCAUCGAGCAGCCGUGGUGAUCCUGCAGCUAUGGCAAUGCAGUUGGCUCCAGCAGGGGAUCAAGGAUACCCCUCUCCCUCUCGCGGAUCACAAGGUGCACCUCUAAGACCAACCAGCACAUAUUACGGAGCAGAAGGUGGGUGGGCAGCAGCAUCAUCACCUCGUGGAGGUGCUCCUCAGCAGCAACAACAAGCACAGCAGCAGCAAUUGAGCACACGGGUGCGCAGCCAGAGCUCUGCUGGACAGCGACAGUUCACCAAGGAUGGAAGACCCAUUCUUCAGUUCUCUCGAGCAAUGUACAUGUACCAGGCAGCCAUUCCUGAGGAGCUGACCUUCGCAAAGGGAGACAUCCUGGCCGUGCUGAGAUUGCAAGAUGACGGAUGGUGGGAAGCCGAAGUGGCUGGCAAGGAUGGCAGAAGAGGACUUGUUCCUAGCAACUACCUGGUUGCUGCUUGA